AUGACGAAGAUGCCCAAGGGCACAUCCCCCCCCCGCAGGGGAAAGCGCUGCAACGAUGCGGAUGCACAAAGUUGUAGAACAAGGAAACGAGCCAGUUACAUUCACAGGUGCUUGAACGUGAGAAAGUUGCAAAAAUGUGGCGAGCUCAGAAAAAUGGAAAAUUACUGCUUGUACGUAAAUUUGAAGGAAAUGUUAAAGGAAAGUUAUUGCAAAGGGAACGCAAGCAAUACAAAUGGCAAUUGUCUCAAGGUGACAACACCACCUCCUGGAGAAGUGAACGAAGGGGGGGAAAGAAACCAUCAUGACCGCUGCUGCAAAUGCGCUAGCCAUACCUUUCACAACUGCUACGUCACCGGUCUACACAUUUUUGAAGGUAUUUUUUUAACCGCCUGUUCAGGUGGAAUUAUGAGCAUAUUUGACAAAAAUUUAAACAACAUAUUGAGCAGACGGGUAGCUACUUCGCCCAUAAGUAACAUUUCAGUGAGCAAAAAGGAAAAUGCUCUGUGCUUUUCUGACAGCUAUAACCACCUAUAUGUUGUACACCUAAAUGGGAAGAACUUGUGCAAAGGGAAUCACUUUAACAUAAGAAAAAGAGAUAGCCAUCUGGACGAAAGCGCUGUGUGUGCAAGUACACCAUAUCAACAUGACGAUAAAAUUAUGAACAGUUUUGACGAAGAGGAGGGGCACACAUUUUUGAACGACAAACAGUACGCGCAUUUAACAAAAAAAGAGAAAGCCAUUGUUCAGGCAUUUUUGCACAAUAACAUAUCUUGUUACAAUGUGAAAAAUUUAAACUGCUGCGUAAUUAACCCCUACUUUGACCACCAUCAAAGUAAUAGCAUUUGCGUUCUGACGUCAAAUAAAAUCGUGUCUGUUCUGAACAUUUUCGAAUUCCAUAUAAAUAACAGCGUUUUGUUCAGAGGGCACAACAUUUUAAGUUUACAUUGGCACAGUGUGUAUGUCUUUAUCUGCACGGGGGUGUCCAUUUUCGUGGUGAACUUUUUCGAAAAAACGAAAAUUGCGCAUAUCGUUUUGGCUAACCUGGACAUAAUCGAAAAGGUCAAUCUCGGCCAAGCAGGCCACUUAAGCGGCGAAAAAAAUGUUAAAGCGGACGUGCCAGUGAAUCAUAACGAUGUGGAGACCAACACCUGUAGUGACAAAAUGGACGGUGUGACAAAUGAGCCCCAAAUGAUAUGCUCCAUGGAGUCGAUUCACAUAUGCGAAUUGCAGAAGGGGGAGUACGCAAUAGCGCGGGGGGAAAAUGUGAAAAUUGUAAAAAUUGAAAAAAAAAAUGGAAUUGAAAAAAUAAGCAUUUCAAAUGAGUUCGAUGUGCAUAAUUCGAUUAUUAGCAUACGUCCAUAUUAUGACCACCAGCAGAAUGGGUUCCCCGAGAAUGAAGUCUUCCUUUCGGUCAUUACUGUAAUGGGUGAUGCGCUAUGCCAAGGCGUGAAUCAAGGUAGAAGUACAUAUGUGGAACAUAUGAUACUGACUAGGGACAACUACCUAAUGUGUAGAAAUUAUCUUUACACUGGAGGUGUUGAAAAGGACACAAUUAGGAGGAAGUACCUUACAAACACAUCGUGCACAUCAUACCCUGGUGGUGAUGCAAACUGUGGAGAAAGCACCACGGGGGGGAAGAACACAAAUAAGAAGUUGCCCCUUGGUGAGACUUCUUGCGAUCGGGAGGACAAUGCCCACCUAAUCGGUAACCCAGAUGAAGACAUCCCCCAAAGGACCCUAUUUCAGUACAUGAAAAAUACGCCCAAUUGGGGGCAGCGAAAUCGAAGUGGCGCCAUCGAACGUUGCCUGUACAUAUACGGGAAGAACACCCUUUUGCAGUUUCGAUCCAAAACGGUUGCCGAGUUUUUCUCUGAGAUUAUUAGAAAAAGCGCAAAAAAUGGAAGAAACAUUUUUCCUCUACUUGAUGCGCUAAAGAGGCAGCCAAUUUGCAAAAAAGAGUUAACUCAGAUUGGACUAUCCCUCAUAAACGCCUUUAUAAAACGGAGGAAUUAUUUCAUCGCCGCAAAUGUGUUUAUCCUUCUGUGUAACCAUUUUUGCGACAAGUACCGGGUCAUCUACAACGUCAUGGAGAUGUUUUUCCUUCGAAAACAUAUGCACAUCCUUUCGUUGUUUUAUCGAAAAUUGAAAGAAGAGAGAACACAUCAGAUGGGGAGCGGACUUUCUUCUUCGCACGCAAUAAGUGAUAAAAGAAGGCGAUUCAUAAUACGUAGUACGAUGGGGAAGGAGAAAAAAAUUAAAAGCGCUUUGUACAUCCUUCACCUUUAUUAUCUCAAAAGGGGGAGAAAAAAAAAAAAAACGAAAAGGGAUAAAAAACGCCAUAAAUGCGAAUGUAACAGGAAGAAGAAGAGGAAAAAAAAAAACUUCCUCUUCUUUGCAACGAAAAAACUGUUUAACCAAUUUUUGGUUUUUCUGUUACGUGCGGAUGUUUACGAAUUUCGGAAGGUUUACGAAAUUUCAUCCAACGAUGAUUUGGAUGCUGGCGUGUUAGUGAAGCACAUAGUGCAUUUCCUCGAGGGCGAUUUAUCAUCUCCUUUGAAGAAGCAAUUUAUUCGUAGUGACUGCGGCGGCAACCGUUUUAUCGACUGCUGUAACGGUACCCUCAGGGGGGGAAGAAGCACAAUCAUCGGCACUGCGAAAUGGGCGGACCGCCCCCACGGCAGCAACAAUAGUAGCGAAAAUUGCAACAGGGGAGGUCACCGCAGAAGCAACUGCAUGAGUCAUCAUUACACCGAUCGCAGCAGACGCAAUAAUACCCAUGGUGACGCUCUAAAAGAAGAAAAAAAAAAAAACGCCGAUAAAGGAAUCCUUCUCGAUAUCCUGCUUGAUAUUUUUUUUAAAUUUGACAUUCCCCUUGGUGAUGCCCCUUUUGCAUUACUAUGCAAGGAUAGGGAGGAAGAGCAAAAAAAAAAAAAAAAUGAACCCUAUUGGAACAGCAACAACGGUGAAGAAGUCACUAGUAAUGACAAAACGGCAACAACAGGGGGGGAGGAUAAACUAGUGAAGAAGAACGACCUACCUGUUGCAUGCCUGCAGGGAACAAACAUAGGUUGCACAAGUAGGGGAAAAAUUAUCUCCAGUAACAGGUAUAAGGAGAAGAGCGCAUGCACAAAGGGGGAAGAUAAAUUGGCUAACGAAGAACGCCUCCAUCGUAACGAACACCGCAGCGAGGGUCGCCUUAUCCCCAUUUGGGAGGAGUUGUUGUCUCCGUUGCCGCACCAGCGUGAUGAAAACAAUGAGGAAGGUGACCAACGUAAAGAUGAAAAAGAAAACACGUACCUGAGAAUGGAGUUUAGGAAAGAUCACGCAGACUGGGAUGGAGACAACAACCGUUGCAGGGACAGCAACGGAACCGAUGAGGAGGAAAAACGAAUGAAACGGCGAAGCAGAGGGAGGGGGAAAGAACCCAACAGGUUAUCAAAGCAUAACAAAAACGGUACCAAUACAACCAACACAGUAAAGCUGAGUAAGCUAACGAAUGAUUAUUUUUCCUGUGGAACGCACCGUCGUAGUGCGCCCCUCACGUUUGAAGACCUGGCAAAGGAUUGCUCUCCACAGAACUUGAGUUUCUUCGAAAAGGAAUUUGAUAAUGUAAAAAAAAUGGAAAUUAUAAAAAUGCUCAUUCGAAGGAAAAACAAAAAGGUAUUUGCGUAUUUGAAGCAAUGUAGCUGGCAAGUACUAAAAAAAAUAACACAAAAAUUUGUCUUAAAAUUAUUUCGUUUGAGCAGAAUAAAAACAGCAAAGCUGCUUGUUAUCGUUAAAGUGAAGGAGAAAAAUAAGUAUAGAUAUUUCUUCAACCCAAAGGACGUAAUGAGAAGGUUAAAGGAGAGACCCUUCUUUCUUUACACCUAUUUGAAGCGUGUAAAAAAUGUAAAGUAUUUAAGCAGGUACAUUCACUUGUUCCUCUUUUUGAUGUUUAUUUUUGAGCCGCUUUUGUUGGUGCGUUUUCUGGCAAGGCACUACAAAUGCGUCAGUUUCAAGCGCGUCCUCUUUUUUGUAUGCUUCUUCGAUCGGCUACACGGGGGGGGGGAACUCACCACUGAAAAGGUCACACCGGUUGAUGAUGUCAAGAAUGAAGAAGUUACACACGUUAAUGAGGUAAUGACCAAUGAAGAAGUCACGCCCACUGAGGAAGCGCCCCCUGGUACGAGGCCCCCCAAGUCGAAAAACAGCCUCUUCCAAAACGAACGAGUUAUGCUGCUGUACAGGUACCUACUGGAUGAGCAAGUUGAGAAGGAAAAGUUGGAAGAAUUGUUCAGUUACACAAAACAAUCCUCAACAAAGCGACCCCAGGGAGCAAACUUUUUUCUAAGCGUCAAGGCAUUUAUGUAUGUAAAAUUUGGCUACAUAAACAAAGCGCUAACCAUUUACAAGCAGUUAAGCAACUACGAUGAGGUGAUUUAUCUUGUGAAAGUCCACAAGUUGCUAAUUGAUGAUUCUGUGAUGAAAAAGGCGGAAGACAAUUUAGCUUCCCUUAAUGGUGCCCCGUUUUUAAGUGGGGUAGAUAAUAAAGGUUUGCUACGUGGAAGGCACGUUGGCAUCGCUUCGGCGGGUGGGACGGAAAGAAGGUUCCGACUAAAGAGGGGAAAGAAGAAAACAAACAAACAGGAGGAAGAUGCACAUAGUGUGUUGGAACCAAACGGUGGUGAUGAUCCUGGUGAGGUGGGCCUGAUCCACUCGGCUAAGAAGUCACCUCGGCAGAUGGAAUCCGACGGCAGACGAAACUCCCAUUACGGGAUCAACGCAAUUGACACUUAUGUGCGCCGCAAUGUUGACUUCCCAAACCUGGACAGAGAAAUUAUGCUCAGUUUGUAUAGCCAGGUGGAGGGGAAAGGAAGGCGAAAAGGUGACGCACCCCGGAAGGGCAAAAGGAAAAGUAACCAAAGGGACGAUCACCGUAGUAAUAGUGGAGGUUCCUCUCCAAGUUUAACACAUAAAGAAAGUAUCUUAAGGAAGCACCUGAUUGAUAACACAUCCAGGGAAAUGCAUUACCUAACCCUCAUGUGUAUCCUACGGGAACUCUUCUACCUAAGUGAGCUCAGCGAUAACUACAACAGAAUUUUGAAACGAUGCAAAGAGAACACAUACAGUCGUUUCAAUGAAGUUAAAAAAAGAGGCUACGUGAUCUACAAUGGAAUUAUAAAGAAGGAAAUGAAAAACAACAACUUGUAUUUUUUGGACAUAAACGACUACUACUUCAUUAGCGAUAAGGUGGAGCACAAACGUUCCAACGAGUUGGAUAUGAUCAUGCCACACAUGGAUGAGCAUCGUGGACUGCUGGAGAGAAGCGGGAUGGACAAGGAAGAGCAGGAGCUACCACUAAACAUUCAACGGGGGGUUCCACCGAAUUAUUACUUCUAUGAGCAGAUCCAUGAUAAACCCUAUGUCUCUCUCUUCUCCUCCUUUUGUAGUUCCUGCCAACAUAAUAUUUACCGCGAUUUGUGCGUUUCCGAUGGGGGACGUAAAAGCAGAGGUGACGGCGUUGUCUUUUUUUUUUGUAAUCACCUGUAUCAUUUGAAGUGCCUUAGGGGGCGCCCGUUCAUCUGCCUGGCGUGUCACUAA